AUGAGCCGGGGCGCGGGCGCGCUUCAGCGCCGGACAACGACCUACCUCAUCUCGCUGACCCUGGUCAAGCUCGAGUCGGUGCCUCCGCCGCCGCCUUCUCCGUCUGCGGCCGCAGCCGGCGCCCCCGGGACCAGAGGUGCCGAGACCGGGGAUCCUGGCAGCCCCCGAGGCGCGGAGGAGCCCGGCAAGAAGCGGCACGAGCGUCUCUUCCACCGGCAGGAUGCGCUGUGGAUCAGCACGAGCAGCGCGGGCGCCGGGGGCGCCGAGCCCCCCGCCCUGUCCCCGGCUCCGGCCAGUCCGGCCCGCCCCGUCUCCCCUGCUCCCGGCCGCCGCCUCUCCCUUUGGGCCGCCCCUCCGGGGCCCCCACUCUCCGGGGGGCUGAGCCCUGACCCCAAGCCCGGGGGCGCCCCCACCUCCCGGCGCCCCUUGCUCAGCAGCCCGAGCUGGGGGGCCCCGGAACCUGAAGGCCGGGCGGGCGGCGGCGUCCCAGGCUCGUCCUCCCCGCACCCCGGCACCGGCAGUCGGAGGCUCAAGGUGGCGCCUCCUCCGCCGGCUCCCAAGCCUUGCAAGACCGUAACCACGAGUGGCUCCAAAGCCGGCGGGGGCAAGGGCGCGGGUAGCCGCCUGUCAUGGCCCGAGAGCGAAGGCAAGCCCAGGGUCAAGGGGUCAAAGAGCAGCGCCGGGACUGGAGCUUCUGCCGCCGCCGCUGCCGCCGCCGCCGCCGGGGGAGGAGGAGCGGCAGCCACGACCUCUGGUGGGGUCGGGGCUGGGUCGGGAGCCCGAGGGAAGCUGUCCCCUCGGAAAGGGAAGAGUAAGACCUUGGACAACAGUGACUUGCACCCGGGACCGCCUGCUGGCUCUCCUCCUCCGCUAACCCUCCCAGCAACCCCGGCUCCAGCCGCUGCUGUCACCGCCGCCUCCGCGCAGCCCACUGGGCCUGCACCUCCAAUCACUCUGGAGCCUCCAGCUCCAGGGCUGAAACGGGGCCGGGAGGGGGGCCGAGCAUCCACUCGAGAUCGCAAGAUGCUCAAGUUUAUCAGCGGCAUCUUCACCAAGAGCACAGGGGGGCCUCCUGGCUCCGGGCCCCCUCCCGGACCCCCGGGCCUGUCUUCUGGCAGCGGGUCCAGGGAGCUGCUGGGCGCAGAGCUUCGCGCCUCCCCUAAGGCUGUGGUCAAUAGCCAGGAAUGGACUUUGAGCCGCUCCAUUCCUGAACUGCGCCUGGGUGUGCUGGGUGACACCAGGAGUGGGAAGUCAUCGCUCAUCCACCGAUUCUUGACCGGUUCCUACCAAGUGCUGGAGAAGACAGAAAGUGAGCAGCACAAGAAAGAGAUGUUGGUGGAUGGACAGACUCAUCUGGUGUUGAUCCGAGAGGAAGCUGGGGCACCUGAUGCCAAGUUCUCAGGCUGGGCAGAUGCUGUCAUCUUGGUCUUCAGCCUGGAGGAUGAAAACAGUUUCCAGGCCGUGAGCCGUCUCCAUGGGCAGCUGAGCUCCCUUCGGGGGGAAGGACGAGGAGGCCUGGCACUGGCACUGGUGGGGACACAAGACAGGAUUAGUGCCUCCUCCCCUCGAGUGGUGGGCGAUGCUCGUGCCAGGGCUCUGUGCGCAGACAUGAAGCGCUGCAGCUACUACGAGACAUGUGCAACCUACGGGCUCAAUGUGGACCGCGUCUUCCAGGAGGUGGCCCAGAAGGUGGUGACCUUACGGAAACAGCAACAGCUUCUGGCUGCCUGUAAGUCCCUGCCCAGCUCCCCGAGCCACUCGGCUGCUUCCACUCCUGUAGCUGGGCAGGCUAGCAAUGGGGGCCACACUAGCGACUACUCUUCUUCCCUACCAUCCUCACCCAAUGUUGGUCACCGGGAGCUCCGAGCUGAGGCAGCUGCCGUGGCUGGAUUGAGCACCCCAGGGUCCCUGCACCGGGCUGCCAAGCGCAGGACCAGCCUCUUCGCGAAUCGUCGGGGCAGUGAUUCUGAGAAGCGGAGUUUGGACAGUCGGGGAGAGACAACAGGGAGUGGGCGAGCCAUCCCCAUCAAACAGAGCUUCCUACUGAAGCGAAGUGGCAACUCCUUGAACAAAGAAUGGAAGAAGAAAUAUGUGACCCUGUCCAGUAAUGGCUUCCUACUCUACCACCCCAGCAUUAAUGAUUACAUCCACAGUACCCACGGCAAGGAGAUGGACUUGCUACGAACAACAGUCAAAGUCCCUGGCAAGAGGCCCCCGAGAGCCAUCUCUGCUUUUGGCCCCUCAGCCAGUAUCAAUGGGUUGGUCAAGGACAUGAGCACUGUGCAGAUGGGUGAAGGUCCUGAGGCCACCACUCCCACCCCCAGCCCCAGCCCCAGCCCCAGUUCCCUGCAGCCACCACCAGACCAGACAUCCAAGCACCUGCUAAAGCCAGACCGGAAUUUGGCCCGAGCCCUCAGCACUGACUGUACCCCAUCUGGAGACCUGAGCCCCCUGAGUCGGGAACCCCCUCCUUCUCCCAUGGUGAAGAAGCAGAGGAGGAAAAAAUUGACAACACCAUCCAAGACCGAAGGCUCGGCUGGGCAGGCUGAAGAGGAAAACUUCGAAUUCCUGAUCGUGUCCAGCACUGGUCAGACGUGGCACUUUGAAGCAGCCAGUUUUGAGGAGCGGGAUGCCUGGGUCCAGGCCAUCGAAAGUCAGAUCCUAGCCAGUCUGCAAUGCUGUGAGAGCAGCAAGGUCAAGCUGCGCACAGACAGCCAAAGUGAAGCCGUGGCCAUCCAGGCGAUCCGGAACGCCAAGGGGAACUCUACCUGCGUGGACUGCGGGGCCCCCAACCCCACGUGGGCUAGUUUGAACCUGGGCGCACUCAUCUGCAUCGAGUGUUCUGGCAUUCACCGGAACCUGGGCACACACCUGUCCCGCGUUCGCUCGCUGGACUUGGACGACUGGCCUCGGGAGCUGACCCUGGUGCUGACGGCCAUUGGCAACGACAUGGCCAACCGCGUGUGGGAGAGCGACACGCGGGGCCGCACCAAACCCACGCGGGACUCUUCGCGGGAGGAGCGUGAAUCAUGGAUUCGCGCCAAGUACGAGCAGCUGCUGUUCCUGGCGCCGCUGGGCACUCCCGAGGAACCGCUGGGCACUCCCGAGGAACCGCUGGGCCGCCAGCUGUGGGCCGCGGUGCAGGCCCAGGACGUGGCCGCCGUUCUCCUGCUUCUGGCCCAUGCGCGACACGGGCCGCUCGACACCAGCGUAGAGGACCCGCAGCUUCGCUCCCCCCUUCACCUGGCAGCCGAGCUCGCCCACGUUGUCAUCACGCAGCUGCUGUUGUGGUACGGCGCCGACGUGGCCGCCCGCGACGCACAGGGCCACACGGCGCUGUUCUACGCCCGCCAGGCUGGAAGCCAGCUGUGCGCCGACAUCCUUCUCCAGCACGGCUGCCCGGGUGAGGGCGGCAGCACCGCCACCACCCCCAGCGCAGCCACCACCCCCAGCAUCACCGCCACGCCCAGCCCCCGCCGCCGGAGCAGCGCCGCCAGCAUGGGCCGCGCCGACGCCCCCGUCGCGCUGGUAUAGUUGCCCAGCGGGAGAGACACCCCCACUCCCACACGGGCCGGGCACGACCACAUCGGGUGGACCGCUGGACAGAUGCACCCACUCACCUCUCCAAUCCGCACCCCGCCCCACGGGAGCAUUUCUUUCCCCCACGAGGGCACCGCCCCCACGCCUCCCAGAAGACACAAACUCACCUCCCUCUCCCCAACGAGGCAUGGAGACCCCAGCUCAACACGCCCCCUCUUCCACCGUUUCCACGCUCGGAUUGCUCUGGGUCUACCCGCUGGGUGUCUGCGGAAGCGGACCCCCUGUCGCGGUACCUGCUCCUGGGAGCUUGGAUU